AUGCACAAGUUCCAGGAUCCACGAACGAUCUACAGAUCUUCGGACAUCAUUAAUGAUAUUCGACGAGAGUACGGGGUGGUUAUGAGCUAUCAGAAGGCUUGGAAGGGAAACUUGAAGACCAGGUAUCGAGGCAAUUGCGUCGUUGCGUUGUUUAGGAGAUCUGCAGAGGCUUACAGUUUUGAAGAGUUUGAUAAGUUCAUGGUCGAAAUAGACAGUAAAUCGCAUGCUGCAUGGGAGUAUCUAACAGAGAUAGGGAUUGAACAUUGGAGUUGUGCAAGUGUGCUAACCCCGGCUCAAGAAGAUAAGCUCUUCAAGACUCUAGAUGUGGCAAGAAAGGUAUAUGUAGAACCACUGGAUCAAUUUCGCUUCUCCGUGAGAUGUGUACAUAAUUUCGGAUACAUUGUGGACUUGAAUGAUAACACGUGCACGUGUAGACGGUUUCAAUUGGAGAGUUUUCCAUGUACACAUGCAGUGGCAGUGGCUAUGCAUAGAGGAUUACCACCACACACCUUAUGCAGUGUGUAUUACAUGACUGAUUAUUGGAGAGCAGCAUAUGCGGAAACUACUGAAUAA